AUGAGGGAGUUUUGUGACUCCGCCCCUUCACUCUGCUCUCCACUCCUUCUCUCCCUCUCUCUCACUCACACAAGACAAGACAACUGUGACGGAGCAGACCAGACAGUUGGACUCAUUAUGCUUCCCUCCACCCUGGUCCCCACAGCCACCCCAGCGGUCUCCCCUCUCCCCACCAACACCUCUUCCUUCCUGGACUCGGAGUUUCGCUAUGCCCUCUUCCCUCCCAUCUACGGCUUGAUCUUCGCCACGGGUCUUCUCGCCAACAUCUACGUCCUGUUCGUGAUUCGUUGUCUUCGCGAAGCUAGAGCCAUGGGCGAAAUUCGCAUCUACAUGACCAACCUCACCGUGGCGGACCUUCUCUUCGUGGUGACUUUGGUGCUGAUGGGGUUGAACUGUAUCCUGGAUCCGGUGGUGUACUAUUUCGCCACAAGGAAAUUCCGCAAGUUCAUCAUGCAGCAUCUGAAGAGGUUUGUCAAGGGCGAAGGCUGCUCCAACACGUCAACGUCACAGAUAUCCAUGGACAGCAGACCUCAAAUGCCGCUUCAGGACAUGGACAAGUGCUGA